AUGUGUGAACAAGCAGGAAGUGGACUACAGCGCAGGGCAUUCUGGAAAUGGGACCCGAACCUGAAGCUGGUAGCGGAGAGCUACGCUGCUAAAUGCAUCUGGAACCACAACCCGGCGCUGGACGACACGGGGGAGAAUCUGUUUGUGAGCAGCGGGCCUCUGGACCUCCGAGACGCUCUGGAGAAAUGGUUCCUGGAACAUUCGGACUUCGACUACCAGAACAACAGCUGUGAUGAAGACAAGAUGUGUGGGCACUACACACAGAUGGUUUGGGCCGACACACACCGGGUCGGAUGUGCUUUUCAUCUCUGCAACACGAUGGAGGGGCUGGACUGGGAGCGAGUGUCUUUCCUGGUCUGCAACUACUUCCCAGCGGGGAACUAUGAGGACCAGCGGCCGUACGUUGAGGGCGACUGGUGCUCCAGCUGCCCAGAAAACCUGCAGAAGUGUGAGAACAAUCUGUGCGUUCCUGACGUGGAGGAAGAGGAGGUCAGCUUCGGGUCAUCUGAUCCGCCUCCUGCUGCGAGUCCUUCAUCAACCAGUGAAACCAUCACUGCUGUUCCGACUCCCAGAGCUCCCAGUAUGACCCCCGCGGCAGGCAGCGCUGCGGACUCGCCUCCUCCAGGAACUGCGCAGCAGGAAUUCCUCUUGUCUCCCACAUCCAGAGCGCCGCGGGAGGAAGAGGAGGCUGGGAAGAGCGAUGAGGAAGAGGAGGAGAGGGAGGAGAGGGUCAUCAGGAAGCAGGAGAUCUGGCAGAAAACGUUUCCUCAGUCCAACAUCUCGGCCGGUUCCGGUUCUGUGUGCGCGGCGCCGGUCCUGCUGGCCGGCCUGGCCGGACUCCUGACUCUGUGGCUGUGAGCAGAACCAGGAGAACCGCCUCCCGCUCUGACCCGUAAUAAUUCACAAGCUGCUGUUUUAACUGCGUCUGGACCGGAAACUGGGUCCGAGAACCUGAUUCAGCCUGAACGGAACCAGAACCAGAUCCAGACCCUGACCUGGAGGAAAACGUGCCGAUCUGACGGGAACAAACCCAAACCGGAGACCGGAAACUGGAAAAUAAGAGUUUUAAACUGGAAGCAGGUUUACCUGCCGAAGCUGGUAAAUUAGAAAGAUGUCUCACUCUUUUCAAAAUCUCACACUUAAGAAACGAACCUACGGGCUUCCUUUAAAGUUACACUGUCAGAAAUUAACAGCAAUAAUUUGGGUUACUCAGCCUAACGGGAUGAAAUGGGGUUCAUAUUUAACCAUGUCUUUAUUUCAUUAGCAUUUGCUACAGUUAGCAAGCUAAUUAUUUAGCUUCCAACUAAAUAUUUUAUUUGCAAGCUGAAUAGUUAGCCUUAAAAUGAAUAUUUAGCUUCAAAAUACAUAUUUAGUUUGGAGCUAAAUAUUUGUUUUACAAACUAAUUCUUUACGUUCAACUAAAUGUUUACCUCAGAGCUAAAUUUAGUAGAUAUGGAGAUUUAAUUUCUAAAUAUUUAUCUAAAACUGUGACUUGUAUAAAUAAAUGAAUGAGUAAAAAUAUGACUUUGGAAAAUAAAGCCCCGUUUUCUUCUUUUAAGCUAAAUAACCCAAAUUAUUCCUGUUCAUUUAGUAACUCUGUUAAAGGCGUCCCAUAUGAAUCCAGUUAAACUCCCAGAGUUUACAUUGUGACAUUAAAGUGACGGUUCAUCGGAUUGCUGAGGCGUAGUCAGUAUCUUACCUCAGGAUGUGGUGUCUAAGAUCAGGUGUCCCGUCCUGACAGUCCAGGUCCUGCGCUAAGCUAACAAGUCCUCCCAUCUAAUCCCCAUUUUUAAUCAUUAAAUGAUCCCAGAAUAAUCACCGGAAAACUAAAUCAGCAUCUUCACAUAAAGUCCAAGUUUGUCAGAUUUUCUGUUUUGUUGCAUCGUUUUCUGUUUCUGUGGCGACUGUGGGAAUAAAGUUUUUAAUAUUUUUG